CCUGCUCAGCCCCUCCAUGCGGCCCGGCGGCGUGGACCGCGGCUCCCUCAUGAUGGGGCACCCGGGCAUGCCGCACUACCCGCCCAUGGGGAUGCACCCCAUGGGCCAAAGACCGCCUAAUAUGCCCCCCGUUCCGCAUGGGAUGAUGCCUCAGAUGAUGCCUCCCAUGGGAGGACCCCCAAUGGGGCAGAUGCCUGGGAUGAUGCAGUCAGUAAUGCCUGGAAUGAUGAUGUCUCACAUGUCCCAAGCUGCUAUGCAGCCUACGGUUCCGCCAGGAGUGAGCAGUAUGGAUGCACAAGUUGGUGUAACACCACCUGGAACUCAAACAACACAUCCCGUCGUUUGUGCAGCCCAGCAAACCGCCACGACCAACAGUUCUGUUAGUGAGGAGCAUUCUAAACAGAAAUCUACAUGGACAGAGCACAAAUCACCUGAUGGAAGAACAUACUACUACAAUACUGAAACAAAACAGUCCACCUGGGAGAAGCCAGACGAUCUCAAAACGCCUGCCGAGCAAUUGUUGUCCAAGUGCCCCUGGAAAGAGUACAAAUCUGAUUCUGGAAAGCCCUACUAUUAUAAUUCCCAAACAAAGGAAUCGCGCUGGGCAAAGCCCAAAGAACUUGAGGAUCUUGAAGCAAUGAUAAAAGCUGAAGAAAACAGCAUCAAGCCUGAAGACUCCACUGCAGCAACAGCAGCUGCAGCAGAGGCAACAAACACAACUGCUGCAGCCACAACUGCUGAAGCUGCUGCAGGUGCUGCUUCCAGCACUGCUGCUCCUGCAGCAACAGCCACGUCUGAUGCAGAAGCUACUGCAGCUGCUUCUGCGGCAGAAAAUGAAAGUGCAGCCGCCUCGGAGGAUCAGGGCCAGCAAGCGACUGCGGCCGCUGGGCAGGAGCAGGGCACAGAAGCUGCAGCUACGGAGGACUCUUCCAAGCAGGAGGCCUCAGGAGAUGCUGCUUCAAAGAAAGAGGAUGAAGAUGCCCAACCAGUUAAAAAAACCUAUACAUGGAAUACGAAGGAAGAAGCAAAACAAGCAUUUAAAGAACUGUUAAAGGAAAAGCGGGUACCAUCCAAUGCUUCCUGGGAGCAAGCUAUGAAAAUGAUCAUUAAUGAUCCUAGAUACAGUGCUUUGGCAAAGUUAAGUGAAAAAAAGCAAGCCUUUAAUGCUUACAAAGUUCAAACAGAAAAAGAAGAAAAAGAAGAAGCAAGAUCAAAAUAUAAAGAAGCUAAAGAAUCUUUCCAGCGCUUUCUUGAAAAUCAUGAAAAAAUGACGUCCACAACAAGAUACAAAAAAGCUGAACAAAUGUUUGGGGAGAUGGAAGUCUGGAAUGCCAUCUCUGAGCGCGAUCGUCUGGAAAUUUAUGAAGAUGUCUUAUUUUUUCUGUCUAAGAAAGAGAAGGAACAAGCUAAGCAGUUACGAAAGAGAAAUUGGGAAGCUUUGAAGAACAUACUAGAUAACAUGGCUAAUGUCACCUACUCUACCACUUGGUCAGAAGCUCAGCAGUAUCUGAUGGACAAUCCCACCUUUGCAGAAGACGAGGAGCUUCAGAAUAUGGAUAAGGAAGACGCACUGAUCUGUUUCGAGGAACAUAUCAGGGCACUAGAGAAAGAGGAGGAAGAAGAAAAGCAGAAAAGUUUGCUUAGAGAAAGAAGACGACAGCGUAAAAACAGAGAAUCUUUUCAGAUAUUUUUAGAUGAAUUGCAUGAACACGGUCAGUUGCAUUCAAUGUCCUCUUGGAUGGAGUUAUACCCGACCAUAAGCUCCGACAUCAGAUUCACUAAUAUGCUCGGUCAGCCUGGAUCAACAGCACUUGAUCUUUUCAAGUUCUAUGUUGAAGACUUGAAAGCACGUUACCAUGAUGAAAAGAAGAUAAUAAAAGAUAUCUUAAAGGAUAAAGGAUUUGUGGUUGAAGUGAAUACUUCUUUUGAAGACUUUGUUACAGUCAUCAGCUCAACUAAAAGAGCUACUACUUUAGAUGCAGGAAAUAUCAAACUGGCUUUCAAUAGUCUGCUGGAAAAGGCAGAAGCCCGUGAAAGAGAGAGGGAGAAAGAAGAAGCGCGCAAGAUGAAGCGGAAAGAGUCCGCGUUCAAGAGCAUGUUGAAACAAGCAACGCCUCCUAUUGAACUGGAUGCUGUCUGGGAAGACAUCAGGGAUAGAUUUGUGAAGGAACCAGCUUUCGAAGACAUCACUCUAGAAUCUGAAAGAAAAAGAAUAUUUAAAGAUUUCAUGCAUGUGUUAGAGCAUGAAUGCCAGCAUCAUCAUUCAAAGAAUAAGAAACAUUCUAAAAAGUCUAAAAAACAUCACAGGAAGCGAUCCCGCUCUCGUUCAGGCACGGAGUCGGAGGAUGACGAUAGCCAUUCAAAGAAGAAGAGGCAGCGUUCAGAAUCUAGAUCCGUUUCUGAACGUUCUUCUAGUGCAGAAUCUGAGAGAAGUUACAAGAAGUCGAAAAAACACAAGAAGAAGAGCAAGAAGAGAAGACAUAAGUCAGAUUCACCAGAAUCAGAUAUUGAACGAGAAAAAGACAAAAAAGAUAGAGAGUGUGAAAAGGAUAGAGCUAGACAAAGAUCUGAAUCAAAACAUAAAUCUCCUACUAAAAAAAGACCUGGAAAAGAUUCAGGCAACUGGGACACGUCGGGCAGCGAGCUGAGCGAGGGCGAGCUGGAGAAGCAGAGGAGGACGCUGUUGGAGCAACUGGAUGAAGAUCAAUGAGAACGUUAUUUAUACCAAAUAUGUUUACAUUGUGGCAUAAUAAAAGAAACUAAUGUCGCAGUGGGGACGUAGGUUUCCCUAUCCCGAGUUCCACUGUUGAAAUAACAGUGGGUUUUAAUCUUACCACGCAAAUAUGUUCAAGUACUAUUGUUACGGGCCUGGAAUCAAACCUAGAAAAGC